AUGCACGAUAUAGAGAACCCACCCAAGCCUGAUGAUUCGCCGCCACCAUACACACUGAUGGACGAGUCGGGCAAUCAGGGAGCAUCUUCCUCUGCGCCUCCGGGUGGUCCCCCCAGCACGAUAGUCGUGACACCCCCUUCCCCCGUCAACGGAAGCCGGCCUAUUUCGCCCUCGCAGAGACAAGUACAACUCUUCGGGCCAACACCAUUGCAGCAAUCGCAACCCCUGUUGAUUCCGUACUAUGACCCCCAUUCGCCGUAUUCCCUUUCACGAGCCGAUUCGAGAACUCGGUGGCGGUUUAUCGGUUCGAUUGGGAGAGGAAUUGGCCUGUAG